AUGAGGGCUUCAUGUCCCUACACAAAAGCCUACUUCGGCUGCAUCCUCGCUGAUCCGCAGCUCGAAGGUGACAGCUCUCUACCCGAUCCAGAUGAUGCCCUGUCGGCUCGGCUACGGGCUCAUUCGCUUCGACUACGAGGGACAGCACUACAAGAUGUAAAACCUGUUAUGCUUGAGGUGCUUCAACAAUUCGUCCUUGAGGAUAUUCCACGAGCUUUUUGGGCAGUACGGAAGUCGUUGGAUUUGUUCGGUAACGACUACUAUCUCGCACACAUCUACCGCACAUUGCACUGGUGGACGAAACCUACCCAUGUCACAGUACUUGGUGACCUUAUCGGCAGCCAGUGGGUCAGUGACGACGAGUUCGCCUGGAGAGGGUGGAGGUAUUGGAACAGAGUACUGGCAGGAUCGCAUAGGGUAGACGAAGCAGUUAUGGAGCAGCACAAGCAAGAGCCAGGGAAACAACAGGUUAUACCUCUGGAGUCCGAAAAUGAUAAUUGGAGCGAGGCAAUCAUUAACAUUGUCGGUAACCAUGAUAUCGGCUAUGCUGGUGACAUUUCUCCCUCUCGCAUCGAACGCUUCGAAAGAGUAUUUGGGAAGGUUAACUGGGACAUACACUUUUCUUAUCCUGAACAUCGCCUCCCUCAAAAUUACUCGUCCACUGGGAAGAGCGGUCCGUCAUUGCACAUGGUCAUCCUGAAUUCCAUGAUUCUUGACACCCCUGCUUUGGCCGAAUCAGUGCAAGCUGAAACGUACAGCUAUAUCAACAGUUUGAUCACUUCUCGGUUGGAUCCUGUCGAAGCUCGAAACACCACGUUUACACUUCUCCUUACUCAUGUGCCUCUGCACAAACCAGAAGGAGUAUGUGUCGAUGCACCUCUCUUUGAAUUCUGGGAUCACGAUGAUUCAGUUGGUGCAUUCAAGCACGGUGGGCUUAGAGAACAGAACCAUCUUUCGGAGCACACAAGCCACGCUGGCGUCUUGCAAGGCUUGUUUGGCAUGAGUGGGAAUCCCGACGCUGCUGCUGGAGGUAAAGGCCGAAAUGGGCUGGUGUUGACUGGCCACGAUCACGAAGGCUGCGACGUCGUACAUUACAUUGAGCGUUAUGAAGAGAACGCAGCAUCUGUAACUCUAAGCAGUUCAGAUGCGGACAGUCAACAUACUGGGGACGCUCAGCAACAUACAGACACUGAUCAUAACGAUGAUGCUCAACCAACCGAAACCUGGUCUUGGAAAUCUGUUCGAACCUCGAAUUACCUCCAGCAGAAACCAGAUGUUCUAGGCAGCUAUAAAGGCAAGGACACGGAUAUUGUCGCUUCUGUACGUGAGAUCACACUCCGCAGCAUGAUGGGCGAAUAUUCUGGCAACGCAGGCCUACUGUCACUGUGGUAUGACUUUGAGGGAUACGGGUCUUGGAAGUACGAGAUCCAGAUGUGUCCGCUUGGUGUGCAGCACAUCUGGUGGGCAGUUCACAUUACCGAUAUCGUUGUUAUGAUUUCGUUGGUCGCACGGAUCUUGCUAUGGCUCAUACCAUCAGCCAAAAAGCCUGCAACAACGAUAUCUAAUGCAACCGAAAAGAAGAUAACACCAAACCAAGUUGCAUUAUUAACAAUUCCAAAGCGCGAAGAUGAACACUUUAGAUCCUCAAGCCCAAGAAGACGAAAAGGAUGA